AGCGCGCCGAGUAACGUAGCGACGGCGCCGGGGGUGGAGGCCUUGUUGGCGGUGGGGCCGGAAAUGGUACAGUUGUUGCUGUGCAGCUGGAUGUUGCUGAAUAGUGUUUCUAUGAGCUUGCUGUUCAAUCUCUCUGUCGUUCAGAAUGGCGAAGAACCCUAAUUUUCAGGAAGUUAGUCAUCUGCCUACAAGCUACAUCCACUGUCGAUCUUCAGAUAGCUUUACUGGCUAUCAGUAUCACCAUCCCUCCAAGAUGAGUAACAGCCACCCACUUCGUCCUUACACGGCUGUGGGUGAGAUUGACCACGUUCACAUUCUGUCGGAGCAUAUCGGCGCACUAAUGAAUGGGGAAGAAUACAGUGACGUUACUUUUAUUGUAGAAAAGAAACGUUUCCCAGCACACAGAGUGAUCCUGGCUGCUAGGUGCCAUUAUUUCAGGGCAUUGCUAUAUGGAGGAAUGAGAGAAUCUCAGCCUGAAGCAGAAAUACCUCUUCAGGACACUACUGCAGAAGCAUUUGGCAUGCUGUUGAAGUAUAUUUACACUGGUCGUGCUACACUACGAGAUGAGAAAGAGGAGGUUCUCCUAGACUUUCUAAGCCUAGCACAUAAAUAUGGGUUUCCAGAACUGGAGGAUUCCACGUCUGACUAUCUUUGCACAAUACUUAAUAUUCAGAAUGUCUGUAUGACAUUUGAUGUUGCCAGUCUUUAUUCCCUCCCCAAAUUAACUUGUAUGUGCUGUAUGUUCAUGGAUAGAAAUGCCCAAGAGGUGCUCUCCAGUGAAGGCUUCCUAUCACUUUCUAAGGCUGCUCUGUUAAGUAUUGUACUGAGGGACUCAUUUGCAGCUCCUGAGAAGGAUAUUUUCCAGGCUUUGAUGAAUUGGUGUAAACAUAACCCCAAGGAAAACCAUGCUGAAAUAAUGCAAGCUGUACGUUUGCCUCUAAUGAGUCUAACAGAACUACUGAAUGUUGUAAGACCUUCUGGAUUGCUGUCACCUGAUGCCAUCCUAGAUGCCAUUAAAAUUCGUUCAGAGAGUCGGGACAUGGAUCUCAACUACAGAGGCAUGUUAAUACCAGGGGAAAAUAUUGCAACGAUGAAGUAUGGAGCACAGGUAGUAAAAGGGGAGCUGAAAUCUGCAUUAUUAGAUGGGGAUACUCAGAACUAUGACUUGGAUCAUGGCUUCUCUCGACAUCCGAUUGAUGACGACUGCCGUUCUGGAAUUGAAAUCAAACUGGGCCAGCCAUCAAUAAUCAACCACAUCCGAAUACUCCUGUGGGACAGAGAUAGUCGGUCUUAUUCCUACUACAUUGAAGUGUCCAUGGAUGAGUUAGACUGGAUUCGGGUUAUCGAUCACUCUAAAUACCUCUGUCGUUCCUGGCAGAACCUGUAUUUUCCUGCCCGUGUCUGCAGGUACAUUCGAAUUGUUGGGACCCACAACACAGUGAACAAAGUUUUCCAUAUUGUGGCGUUUGAAUGCAUGUUUACGAACAAAACCUUUACUCUUGAAAAAGGUCUAAUAGUUCCCACUGAAAAUGUUGCAACAAUUGCAGAGUGUGCCAGUGUGAUUGAGGGUGUAAGUCGCAGUCGCAAUGCCCUGUUGAAUGGAGACAUAAAAAACUACGACUGGGACUCUGGGUACACAUGCCACCAGCUUGGGAGCGGAGCUAUUGUAGUACAGCUAGCGCAGCCCUACAUGAUUGGAUCAAUACGGUUGCUCCUUUGGGACUGUGAUGAUCGGAGCUACAGCUACUACAUUGAGGUUUCAACGAAUCAGCAGCAGUGGACUAUGGUAGCUGAUCGCACCAAAAUUUCCUGCAAAUCCUGGCAAACAAUCACUUUUGAUAAACAGCCUGCAUCUUUUAUCAGAAUAGUUGGAACUCACAACACAGCUAAUGAGGCACUUCAAGAACAAGUAGAAGUAAGAGUGUUUCACUGUGUGCAUUUUGAGUGCCCAGCACAGAACAGUACCCACAAGGAUGAAAAUAGUAAGGAAGUGGCAACAACGGAGUUGGGUGGACAACAGCUUGGUUCUCGCCCUGUUCGAGCUGCAAGCACUAGUUCCCUGCAUUCCCCUCCUGGAUCCACCUCGCGUUCCCAUACUCACCAACCAUAAAGGAGUCUGAAGGAGAACCUUCGCAGCCCCACUGACGUUAUAUGAAACUAUUCAGAACCUUCUUGUACUGGCCCCUUUGCUUUCAUUGUGAACAAAGGAGACCAUGUCUGAAAUCUGGAAAUGCUGAAAUGGAAAAGGCUUUUCCCAUGGAAAAGGCUGCUUCACUCUCCUCAAUUUGUUCAAAUCAGGCUGGUCUCCAAGGGGUGAAAAAAUCGGUCUUCAAUCUUCAUCAAGUACCCCAUUAACACCCUACCUCUCUAUUCUAACCAAGGCAACAAGAACGGAAGGAAAUAAAAGGCAGAGCUACAGUGGAAAUCUAAAAUGAUUUAAGCAGAAUGGAAGGCAUAUGAAAUAAGUAUUUGUUCCCUGAAGGCUUCCAUUAGCAAAGAAAAUGUUUAUGGAACACACUGGUCCAGAAUAUAUGUUGUUCUUUAAAGUUAUUCUUCAUUCAUGUUCCUUUGUAACUAGUAAUCUGUUUUCUAAAUUGUUUUGACUCUGUAUUCUAUUUUGUCUUUUAUUUUUGGUUGUUGCAAGUGCUGUGCAGUAGAUUAAGGAAGUAUCAAGCAUAUUUACCUGCUGAGAUGCAAAUUCCCUCAUUCAUCAGUGGAUGCUAUAUUAAUCUUGACCUUAUUUGUCUUUUCAAAGUACAAAAUUGUCAUUUCUUAUACUCAAAAAGGAAAUAAGUAAAUCGAGCAUCCACCUGGAAGCAAAACACCUUUUUUUUUCAC